GAAAGAUUCACCGGGGAAGUUACUUACGACAAACACUGAACCUUCGUUAACGAUGGUGGAUGGCAUGGGCCUGACAGAGGGUGCACAAGGUGAAGAUUGCACUUUUACAGUGAUUACAAAGGAUUCACAGGGAAAUAAGACCCACAGUGAAAUUGACAGAAUUGAAGUUUACAUAAAAUCAACGCAGACGAGAGAAACCGUGAAGGUCGACAUAACAGACUCACAAGAUGGUUGCUAUAAAGUUUCGUACAGGCCUGAGGCUAACGGAGAGUUUAAAGUACUCAUAACAGUGGCGGGAGAAGCGAUCAAGGGAAGCCCCUUCCAGUUGAAAGUGAAAGAAAGAAGAGGAAAAAAUAAAGCAAGACGGGACAGGGUAGAAUCGCCAGCUGCAGCAUGGCUGUCAGGUCGGUUCAACCAUCGUUUUCAAAUCUUCCCUGAUGCAUCCUCGGGCCCGAGAGGUGUGGAGGAUACGACUCUGAAGAGAUGUAUUGGCCUAAAUCAGCCUCGACAGUGGAAUUAUCCCAAUGCUCCAUCAAACAGGCGGUUUGAAAAUCAACAAUUUGAUCAAGACAACAAACGAAACAGUGCUGACUUUUCUGAACCACCUCGUGCUUUCAACUGGACAGCCCCUGGGACGGUUCCAUGUGCAUCUUCACGCCCCGAGCAAUGCACUGUGGAAGUUUUUGGACUCCCACCGGACGCAUCGGAGGAACUAGUAAUUAAUUAUUUCGAGAAUGCCAAGCGAUCAAAGGGAGGCCCUGUGUCUACUGUAGUCAUUAAUCCCGUAUGUCAGAAGUGCCUGGUGACUUUCGAAUCCGCUGAGGACGCCAUCAGAACGGUGGAACACUCCCCUCACACUUUAAGUGGUGCAAGUCUCCAAGUCUCGCUGUAUAAAGAAUUCGAAGACGAAAAUCAUGAUGACUUCGACGAAAACAGAGCAGAGGAAGACGGCUGUACUGAUGAAAGUGAUAUCAUCGUAAUUGUCAGUGGCAUCUUACCGUCUACUAGCGAAGACGCCCUGUUAAAUUACUUUGAGAAUCGAAGAAGAUCUGGUGGAGGUGAAGUUUCCAACGUCCAUUUUACUGACGACGGGAAAGUUAUAAUAACUUUUCUUGAGGUGAACGAUUUAGAACGACUGCUUAAGAAGCCACAUGCAAUUCACGGAAAAUCUAUAACAGUUGUGCGACAGCUUCCUAAGAAGAAGUUACCACUUGACCCAGUAAAAGUUCACGUACAAGGAAUCAGCGAAACGACCACCGCAGACAUAUUACGUUUCUACUUGGAGAAGUUCAGUGACGUUGAAGUCGUGGAAGUGUAUCUUGGUUGCAACAAUGACGCCCUUGCAACUUUUGAAUCUGAACCAGACUUUGAAUCGCUAUUCCGCAAAGUAAACAAAGAUAGGAAAGGUCUUGAAGGAAAGAAACCUCACUUGAAGCGUGUGCCUAUCUGUUCAUGUAUUCUGGUGACAGGACUGAAUAAAGAAAUAACCAAUAACGCGAUAAAACUUUACUUCGAAAAUGAAAGAAGGAGUGGAGGGGAAAAAGUGAGCCAAGUGGAAAGGAAAGGAAAAGACCAAGCCUUGGUUUAUUUCGAGGAUCUUUCAAGAAUCGCUGGUGACUCUCUCUCUAUUCAUGACGGUAAGCCAUUUUCAACUCCAGAUCAAGAUAAUGAUGACUAUUCCGAAAACUAUGCCAAGAAGUUUCACGGAGCCUGGUGGUACAAUAAGUGUCACCAUUCCAACCUGAAUGGCGGGUAUCAUGAUGACUCUCACUCGGACUUUGGUGUUGAGACAGACAUAAAAANAAUCCAAUCAGUUUCAGGAACUGCUGGUGACUCUCUCUCUUAUCAUGACGGUGAACCAUUUUCAACUCGAGAUAAAGAUAAGGAUGGUCAUGGCUGUCCCACGAGGUUUCACGGGGCCUGGUGGUACAAUAACUGUCACCUUUCCAACCUGAAUGGCAAGUAUCAUGAUGACUCUCACUCGGACGUUGGUGUUGGGCCACUCCAGCUGAUUCUUCUUCGUGCGUGGGGCUUGGUCACGAGUACGACUUCCGGGAUUUUGGUGUGUUGGCGUCUUCGCGUGAUGGCUCAAAGUAGGAGCUUUUUCGAUGAUGUUAAGAGGGAAUUAGAAUGUUCUGUAUGUCAAGAACAGUUUAGUGAAACUAACGAACCGAAAAUAUUGAAAUGUCUUCACACUUUCUGCAAAUCCUGUCUGGAAGCUUGGCUGCGACAGCAGGGUGGAGGAGCGUUGAGUUGUCCAACUUGCCGUCAAAUCACAGAAUGUUCGAGCAACAACAUCAGCAGCCUUCCAUCCAACCUGUUUUACAGACAGAUGGUGGACAUUGUUAAGGCUUACAGCGGACAAGGACAAGAAGAUUCACCACACUGCGGAAACUGCGACGAAAGAAAGUCAUUGAAGUUCUAUUGUGCCGAUUGCCAUCACUUCUUGUGUGAAGAAUGCGCUAGUGCUCAUAAAAAAAUGAAAGUUCUUAAAAGCCAUGACGUUGAAGAAAUUGGAAAAUUCAAGCCAAGUGAUGCCCGAGAUUACGCCAGGAGAGCAAAUGUUUGCAAGAAACACAACGAUGAAGUGCGGUUUUAUUGUGAACAAUGCGUGAUAUGUAUUUGCCGUGACUGCGCCAUAUUGGAUCAUCGAGACCACAACAUCGUUUCGCUUGACAGCGGAUUACAAAAGAAGAAAUCAGAAAUUGAGAAUAAGAUGCAAGAAGUGCAGGCAAAUGUUCUUCGUUUGAAGAGCGAAAAAGAAUUCCUUGAAAAGCAAAGAAUAAGAAUGAACAAAAGCGUCCAACAAGCGACAGAAGAAAUACACAGAACGGCGGAACGGAACAUGGAAUUAAUUCGCCAACAUGAAGCAAGCAUGGCCGAGCGACUAAUGAAGCAGAAAGAAGCUUUCGACGCUGCAUUAGCAAACACAGUGACCGGCCUCGACGAAAAACUGGUUGAGAUAGAGAGCAGCUUGGACUUUGGCAACGAAAUACUUCAACGAAAUAAUUUACCAGAGAUUCUAAACGUGGAAGAAGUGCUUGAAAAAAGGUUUCAGGAACUUAUGGAGCCUUGCGCAUUUAACUUGAAGGUAAAUUAUUCCGCCGUCAAGUACUUAGCAAAUGACCUGUCGACCCUGAACGAUUCACCGGGAAAGUUACUUACGACAAACACUGAACCUUCAAUAACGAUGGUGGAUGGCGUGGGCCUGACAGAGGGUGAACAAGGUGAAAAUUGCACUUUUACAGUCAUUACAAAGGAUUCACAGGGAAAUAAAACCCACAGUGAAAUUGAUCGAGUUGAGGUUUACAUCCAAUCAACGCAGACGAGAGAAACCGUGAAGGUCAACAUAACAGACUCACAAGAUGGCUGCUAUAAAGUUUCGUACAAGCCUGAGGCUAACGGAGAGUUCAAAGUUGUCAUAACAGUGGCGGGCGAAGCGAUCAAGGGAAGCCCCUUCCAGUUGAAAGUGAAAGAAAGAAAAGGAAAAAAGAAAGUAAGAUGGGCGCCAGUCGCCAUAAGAAUGAUGGAACAGUCCCCUUACGCUUUCAGUGGUGCAAGUCCGCGAGCAUCGCUGUUUGAAAAAUUCAAAGAUGAAAAUUCUGAUGGCUUUGACGUAAACACAGUAGGGGAAGAAGGCUGUACUGAUGAAAAUGAUAUCACCAUAAUUGUCAGCGGCAUCUUACCGUCUACUAGCGAGUACGCCGUAGAAAACUACUUUGAGAAUUCAAGGAGAUCUGGUGGAGGUAAAGUUUCCAACGUCCAUUACGUUGGCGACGGAGAAGUCAAAAUAACUUUUCUUGCGGUGGUAGAUUUAGAACGACUGCUUAAGAAGCCACAUGCAAUUGACGGAAAAGCUAUAACAGUUGUGCGCCAGCUUCCCAAGAAGAAAUUACCACUUGACCCAGUUAAAGUUCACGUACAAGGAAUCAGCGAAACGACCACUGAAGACCUAUUACGUUUUUACUUGGAGAAGUUCAGUGACGUUGAAGUCGUGGAAGUGUAUCUUGGUUGCAACAAUGACGCCCUUGCAACUUUUGAAUCUGAACCAGACUUUGAAUCGCUAUUCCACAAAGUAAACAAAGAUACGAAAGGUCUUGAAGGAAAGAAACCUCACUUGAAGCGUGUGCCUAUCUGCUCAUGUAUUCUGGUGACAGGACUGAAUAAAGAAAUAACCAAUGACACGAUAAAACUUUACUUCGAAAAUACAAGAAGGAGCGGAGGGAAAAAAGUGAGCCAAGUGGAAAGGAAAGGAAAAGACCAAGCCUUGGUUUAUUUCGAGGAUCUUUCAAGUGUUCAAAAUGUCAUGGCCAAGAGUCAAACGCAACGCCAUACCCUUGAGGGACAAAACUUGGAAGUGAAGCCCUACUACCCUUUCCUUCAAGAUACAACAACGAAGAAAACGGAAAUCCCGUUUGACCUGAAAGAAUAUAAUAUAUUCAGAUGAGUCAUGGCCGAGGGUUUCAAUGGCAAUGGGGUUAACCGUCAACCAUCGAAUAGCGAAAAAAGUCAGAUCACCAAUAUCUCAAAAAUGAUAUCCCCUCUGGGUGUUAGCCAAAUAGUCUUAUACUUUUAGGACUGAUACCUACUGAAAAAAUAUUAAAGGUAAAACAUAUCCAGUGUUCAGUGUAUUAAAUGAUAACUUUGUUCGUGGCUAGUCUUACGCAGCUCGUUUCGUGCCGUCAUUUUUAAAAAGGAAACGCCAGCCAAAAGGGUGAGUUUUUCUUAAGGUUUGUGAUAUCAAGAGCUCAUUACUACGGAACAGAAUUCUUUUCCAACUAUUCAUUAGUAAGUUGUUAUUUUUGUAAUGAACGUCCCUUUAAGGGGUGACCCGAAAACCACCAUUUUUUGUACCCAUGCACACAGUAAAUUACUUUAAGAAGUUAUACCAAAAUUGUCCCACAAAAUUGUUUUUAUAUGUUAAAGAAAGACCAACAAUUCUUGGGUAGAACACCACCUUACCAGCUGGUUAAGAGUUGGAAAUUCAACGUAGGUAUGUUUUCAACGGCGACAGAGAUUCUUCAGUAAAACGAUUUAAAUAAAAGGUUUAAAGCACGGGUUUGUACCAGGUCAAUCAAUCGAAGCCAAAAUGUCACAGCCUGAAGGACUCUAUUUCUUCGAACCACUGCCAACGUACGCCUUCGGCACUCGCUAACUCAAACCGCCUUUGGCGCUUUGACUCCGGAGGGUGAAAUCGAACAAUUUUUCACCCGUUGGUGGCAAUUAAGGUUAUAUCGUUCAUUGAUGUGCAGUAUUAAAAAGGUCAUGAUUUGAAAGCUGUCAUCGCUUGUGAUUACUGCACACUAGUCCGUAUCAACCCUCUUUGAAGUUAGUCUCACUCUAGGUGCUUACGGUGUCCUUUGACGGAGGUAAGUCAGGGCUUCGGAACCCAGAAAAAGGGUUCCCAUCCCCUGAAUAGAGGUCUCCUUGCAAUGGAAGUAAAUAGAGGUAAUUGACAGAAACAAAGACCAUAUGAACCUUUUUCUCGUCCCAUAUAUAUGAGACCUAGUCUCUUCCGCAUUAGAGAUGUUAUAUGACCAUGCAUAUAUAUUGCUUUUUUUUUUAUUAUAUUCAUUUAGGAUUCUGAUAAGGAAACUUUACAAAAGACAAUUAAUUAUAAAAUUAAGCGAACGGAGAAUAUAAGGUUUAGAAGUCAUCUUGACUCCAUUAUCAAGUAGAGAAAAUAACAGUCGGGAUGUUAAUAAACAUAUCCUUACACCCGUUUCAUACUAUAAAGAAAAGGAUAAGAAGAAGGAGAAUUUAUUAUAUACACAGGGAAGGGGGUGGUUACCUAGUCCCCCGAGCCAGAGGCUAAUAAUAAAAGUGUUUGACAAGUUAAAAAUGCUAUACACACCUAUGUAAUUAAUUUGGUCGAGUCGAAAAAUAGUUAAUAAAAAAAUGUAUUCAUUCCAAUACUAUAAAAUUAACAUCUUGAACGGUAUUUUCUCUACUUGAUAAUACAGUCAAGAUGACCUCGAAACGUCUUAGUCUCCUUUCGCUCAUUUUUGCAAUUGAUAAAUGUAAUCAUUCACGAUGCAGAAUGACCAACUUAAGAAACUUCAUCAAAUGUGAAAUCUCUAUUUUCUACGCGUGCUUAGUGGAUCAAAAACUGGAGCUAAACGGUCCUAAAAACGGACAUUUGCAUACAUGUUUCAGUCAUUUUAGCAUAAUUUCAAAUAUAGUAAGCAUCUCGCGUCGUCACCAAACUUCCCAAGCGAACAAAGAACAAAAUCGUCAGUAAAUGUCCAAUUACAGUGUCGCAGUUGAUCACCAGCAUUAUGUCAUAUGAUUAGUCAUGACUAAGCUCAUUAAAGUUUACAAUUUACAACCUCUUCUUGCCACUUUUGAAAGAUAAUAGUCCCGUAUUGACUCUCUUCCAUUUGUUAUAUUUUGGUGGUAUGAAAUAAGAAAUUUUGGGUAACAUCAAAAUAAUAUCAUAAUUUGACAUUUUGACAUUUUGUUACAGUUUGAAAUGAUUAAGACAACAAUCCAAAGCAAUGUGCAAGGCCUCUUAUGGAAGAGCGCAAACAAUGCAAAAUUAGUCUUUUCCACCCAUCAUGAUCUUUUGAGGCCGUUUGGCUACAGCAAGACGAAGACGGGUUCGAGAGUUAAUCUCCUGGUGUAGGCCUUCUUCUCAAAGCAGUCCCUGUCAAUUUGUUUUUAGAUAUGGCACCCAGUACUGCUGCCAAUAAUGCACCACACGUGUUGUGUGGAUGUUUUCGAGGAGGAUGAAACUCCAGUGCGUGUGAAGCCACUUGGGCUGUCCACGAGACCAGAGUCCGCGUCAUAAGUUUAGCUCCUUCUGGGCCCCUUCCACACGUAUCCGGAAAUAUUUGAAUCCGCAACUUUUUCUUUCCGGAUUCAAAAUUUCCUCGUCCA